AAAAAACAACCAUGUUCAUUUUCCUGACCACUCUUUGAAUUCCCUGUGAGGAAAGCACUCCAGUAACAAGAAAGCAAAAGUAGAUCGUUAAAAAUAUGCAGGUUUGCUUUCCUGCUUAAUUAGUAAGUUACUUAACUUUCCUGGAUUAACACUAAUAACUUCAUCAGCACAGAAGCGUGACCCUUUAAACGUAUGUUCCUUUCCAGACAUUGCUUCCUAAUUUUAGGGGUUUCAUGUUGCUGAAACUAUCCGAACAAUCAUGUGUGGAUAUUUUGUAGUCAGAACUAUGUGAGCAAGCUCCAGGAGCGGCGUUUCACGCCCUACUUUGAGCGCCGCCGGAGCCAGCUGUCGCCCUGGCUCCCCACAGCAGCCCCAGAACCGCUCUGGCAGGAUCACCGAAACUUCUCCUGCUGCCCUCCCGGCGGGAGGCAGGCAAAAUGGAGCGCUGUGAAAUCACCUCAGAGGCUGACAAAACCCACCAAAAUCGUCUCUCCAGCGUCACGGAGGAGGAUGAAGAACAAGACGCAGCUUACACGAUUUUGACGGUCCUGGACAAAGUGGCCAACAUUGUGGACAGCGUACAGGCGAGCCAGAAAAGGAUAGAGGAGAGGCACAGGGAGAUGGAAAACGCCAUCAAGACCAUACAGAUUGACAUUUUGAAGCUUGCCCAGGCUCAUGGCAAUACAGGCUACACGGUGAACAAGUUGCUGGAGAAAACCCGCAAAGUCAGCUCCACCAUGAAGGAGGUGCGGGCACGCGUGGAGAGGCAGAGCGCCAACGUGAGGAAGGUGGAAGCCAAACAACAGGAGAUGCUGAGGAAAAACAAAUUCCGGGUCGUAAUCUACCAGGAGGAAAGCGAGUGUCCUUCAUCUCUCUCUGUUAUCAAAGAAAGGACACCAGGUGAAACUCUAGAGGAUGAUUUCUUCCCACCUGAUGAUCUGUCUUCUGAUGAAGAAUAUUAUAUUGAAGAAAGCAGAGCAACCCAGUUCAAGAAAUCAGGUAUGAGGCGCAUAGAUGAUAUCAAAAAGGCAUUUUCAAGGGAAAACAUGCAGCAGACGAGACAGAAUUUUGGCAAGAAGGUAAAGAGGCUUCGAACUAGAAUAGUGACCCCUGAGAGGAGAGAGAGGAUCAGGCAGUCAGGAGAAAGACUGAAACAAUCCGGGAUGAGAAUUAAGAAAACCAUUUCACAAGCUGCCCCAACAAAGGAGACAUUCAAGAUCCAUAAGAAGAAUAAAGAGCGAACAGGAGCCGAAGGUCAGGAGGGGAUUCAGGAAGCCGGUGUGCACAUUGCCUCUGAGCUCCCAGCAGCAGAGCCCUUCACUGAAGAAAUCUCUUACACAGAAGUGAUCACUAAGGUAAAGAAAGACAAGAACAGUGCAACAAAAGGUGCUUCCGCAUCGACUGAAAAAGGAGUCUCAAUCCCAGAAGUUGUUCUUAAGCAGGAAGGAAAAGAAGGAGGAGGAGGAGGUGAUGAUGUCCCUUUGCUAGACUUAAAGCCAUCGGCAUACGGAAUCAAUUAGCAAACACACCCAUACUAUCCUUACUGAACAAGAGACAACACAGUAUGUAUUCACUCAGCUUUAGAAAAACGUGUGAAUUUGUGUUAUAUCCCGAACCACGUGUUGGUGGAGUUCUCUCAUUUACACAGGUGUCUGUAGUGUUGUCUUCCUGACAAAAGCCAAGCCAUGCAAACUGAAUGAAGGGGCUCCCUCCCCCUCCGUCUUGUAGCCGAAAGCCAUCAAUAACUUGGAUGGAACUCGUGUCAAAGGGAGAUGGAUAUCUGCUAUAUUUUCAAGACUGAUUUAGCAGUCACUUUACAGCCUAAUCACUCUUUCGUUUUACAUAUAACAGUAUAAAAAUUACUUCAAUUGUCAUAUACCAAGUCUUCUAAUCAGAAAAUAAUAACAAAGCUAUUACUUCAUGUUAACAAAAGAAAGAACUAUGGAAAAUGUCAAUUUAGCUAUGCAUAACUUUUUGUUUAAGGGCCCUCACUGAAACAGCAGGAGGAGGAAAUUCCUGCUUUAUCCAGGGUGUGACAAAAUGUGGCAGGAAUGGUAGGUUUCUGAGUAAAUUGUAUGUCUUCUCAGUGGAAAAAAGAAGCUCCUGAAAUGACAAAUUAUUUCCAGAGUUCUGGAAGAGGAAGGUUUGACGUAUGUAAGCAAUGCAUUUUCUGCACUUAAUGGAAUAAGAAUAAAAAAGCAGAAAAUAUUAAAUAUGGAAUAGCAGAAGGAAAAGAGAAUGGGGUAUUGUAUUCAUGUUUUGGAAAGAUGCAAUCGUGAGAAAGGCAAGGGUACAAAGCAGUAAAAGACAAAUAAGAUUAAUGUAUGGGUUCUGGAUAAAUAGAGGAGAAAUACAGAAUAUUGUAACUGAAGUUUCCUCAAGAUCUUUUAAAGAAUUGUUACUCUAUCCAGAGGAUCAUAGGGCUUAUGAACAUAACUGACCAGACAAGGGAAUUAUUUUGCUUUCCAUUCUCUGUGCUUUUUCUGAGCUUCACCACAAUUAAAAUCUAUUCUACAAAGCUGCUGAAGUACAGGGCCAAUCCAUAACCCAAUUCUCUGUUUCCUAUCAUCAUCAUUAUUGACCAGCCGCAGCCUCAGGGAUUAUGAGACAGACACCCUUUGGAAUAUGGAAUGCUGUUUAUUUGCAACACUCAGGAGCCAGUGUCCUGACAUCAGAUAUGUUUCUAAACACGACCACUACACUGACAUGGGGUGCAGGACUGAAUUGCUUUCUUCAUUCUUAAAUAGAGUUGCCUUCAAAGCACUAAUCUAAAGCAAUGUUUGUCAAUACUAUAUAUGUGAAACUUGUACAAUAUUGCCAAAUUGUAUUGUAUUUGAUAUAUCAGAUUCAUUUUAACAGCAUACUUGGUUAUCUGUAUACAUUGUUUGAAGAAUCCCAGCUAAUUGUUAAUCUAUAAUUUAAAUAUAAUUAGUUUGAUUUCAAA